AUGUUUUCAAACUUUGUUGUUUUUCCCGAUCAACAUUCGUCAAAUCAACCUCAAACCCAAACCCAACAACAACGCCAACUUGUCGAUGAGUUGGAUGACUUGGAAGAAGAAGAGAUGGUUCCCGAAACUCAACCCACACCACCCCUACAACGACGUAAAGGGAAAAAACAAUCGCGCGAGGGUGUCGCCCAAGAAGAGCUAGUUUUGGUAAAAGUUUGGGUUGAUAUUUCUGAGGAUUCGAUUCAUGGAAAUGCACAACCGGGAGAGCAAUUUUGGUUUCGCAUUUUAGAACGGUUUCAGGAGGAGCUAGGAAAAAGUGACGACUACCGUACGAAACACCAACUAAAUUCGAAGUUUCGAGAAAUAGCAAAGGGAGUUUCAAAAAUAAACGGGUUGUACAACAACCUAAAAACCCAACGAAAAAGUGGCCAAGGAGACGAAGAAAUACUUCAAGAAGCUUUGCAAUUUUACCUUGAAGAAGUCAGAAAAUCAUUCAAGUGGCAUGAUUGUUGGAAAUUAUUGGUUCUAUGUCCUAGGUGGAAAAAAUACGAACAACAUUUUAUUUUUGGAGUCCAACAUUCAAAGCGAACGAAAAUGGGUUCUAGUAGUUACAGAAAUUCCUUCGAUGCCUAG